AUGAGGAGCGGCGCGGAGCGUAGGGGCAGCAGCGCCGCGGCGCCCCCCGGCUCGCCGCCCCCCGGCCGCGCGCGCCCCGCCGGCGCCGACGCGGCUCCGGCCCCGCCGCCGCCCGCCGCGGGCCAGCCCCGGGCCCGGGACGCGAGCGACGCCCGCGCGCAGCCGCGCCCCCUGUUCCCCUGGAGCAAGUGGAGGAAGAGGAUGGGCUCGUCCCUGUCGGCGGCCGCGGCGCGGAGGCCGGUGUUUGACGACCAGGAAGACGUGAACUUCGACCACUUCCAGAUCCUUCGGGCCAUCGGGAAGGGCAGCUUCGGCAAGGUGUGCAUCGUGCAGAAGCGGGACACGGAGAAGAUGUACGCCAUGAAGUACAUGAACAAGCAGCAGUGCAUCGAGCGCGACGAGGUGCGCAACGUGUUCCGGGAGCUGGAGAUCAUGCAGGAGAUCGAGCACGUCUUCCUGGUGAACCUGUGGUACUCCUUCCAGGACGAGGAGGACAUGUUCAUGGUGGUGGACCUGCUCCUGGGUGGGGACCUGCGCUACCACCUGCAGCAGAACGUCCAGUUCUCCGAGGACACGGUGAGGCUGUACAUCUGCGAGAUGGCGCUGGCCCUCGACUACCUGCGCAGUCAGCACAUUAUCCACAGGGACGUCAAGCCUGACAACAUCCUGCUGGACGAGCAAGGGCAUGCACACCUGACGGACUUCAACAUCGCCACCAUCAUAAAGGAUGGAGAGCGAGCCACCGCACUAGCGGGGACCAAGCCGUACAUGGCUCCGGAGAUCUUCCAGUCCUUCGUCAGCGGCGGGAGCGGCUACUCCUUCGAGGUGGACUGGUGGUCGGUGGGCGUGCUGGCCUACGAGCUGCUACGUGGAUGGAGGCCCUACGACAUCCACUCCAGCAAUGCUGUGGAGUCGCUGGUGCAGCUGUUCAGCACGGUGAGCGUCCAGUACGUGCCCACCUGGUCCAAGGAGAUGGUGGCCCUGCUGAGGAAGCUCCUCACUGUGGACCCCAAGCACCGAGCCUCCAGCCUGCAGGACAUGCAGGCGGCCCCGUCGCUGGCCGGCGUGCUGUGGCAGGACCUCAGUGAGAAGAAGGUGGCGCCAGGCUUUGUGCCCAACAAAGGCCGCCUGCACUGCGACCCCACCUUCGAGCUGGAGGAGAUGAUCCUGGAGUCCAGGCCCCUGCACAAGAAGAAGAAGCGUCUGGCCAAGAACAGGUCCCGGGACAGCAGCAGAGACAGCUCUCAGUCUGAGAAUGACUACCUUCAGGACUGCCUCGAUGCGAUCCAGCAAGACUUUGUGAUUUUUAACAGAGAAAAGCUGAAGAAGAGCCAGGACCCGGUGAGCGAGCCCCCGCCGGUGCCCGGGGCCGGGGAGGCUGCGGAGGACCUGGAGGGGACGCGCCCCGCCCUGUCCAUGUGCGGCCCCAUCUGCCCGACCCGCCUCGCCGACAGUUAGCUCCAGCUGCUUUGCAGACUCUGGUCUACCAGGACGGGGUGGCGGGCAGAGGCCCAGCGUGGACAUUCGCCGCCAAGCAGCCCGGCGCCUCCCAGCGCAGGCCCGGCCUGGUGGCCCCGCUGCUCCCUGGCCUGGUAUUCGUGGGGACAGGCCGGUGAGCCUGCUCACGGGCUCCCGGUGGCACACGGCAGCCGCCAGGAGCGGGGGAGACGCCCCGGCGGCUCAGUUACCUGCCGGGGUGGCAGGAGGCCCCUGGCCUCCGCUGCUGCCCCCCCGGCCCACCGCUGGCACGUCCCAGAGGCCCCAGUGCCACCGGCCUCAGCUGUACAUAAGCCCUCGGCGCCGGCCCCGCGGCCAGUUGCCGGACGUCCGUGCGCUGGCUCCCCGGGGCCACCGAGUCUCGUACGAGAAGGUGAGGAGUGUUUUUAUGGACACACUGUUCCGGCAACUUCUGCUGUGUUUCUGUACAGUUGUCACCUCUGAGCAUCACGACCUAAGAGCUGCUCGGUG